CCGCACUCCCCGGGCCUCUGAGCGCUCCCCGGGCCCGGCGCAAGUUGUGUGAUGUGCCUACCUACCUACAUGUACUUAGCAUUGACAUGAGCAGUGGCAGCACCGGCUUUGUCCAGGGCACCCCUGGGAUCCGCACAGCUGGGGCUCCCUGACCCCCACACACCGUCCCGCAGCCUCUGCCCAGCCAGGUGGGUGCCAGGCCCGGUCUGGCGCGCUCCUGGAGCAGCCUCCCCCAGCCUCCCUUUAAGACAUUGCUAUUUCUGGUAGGGCAGCCGGAUCUCGGGCCGGGGCUCAAGGGGCCGGCUCAGCAACCCCCACCCUCCAAUGGGGAGGCUGCCCACAGGGCCCCGGCCCCUCCUCGCCGUGACGUGCUGGCCCGGGGCAGAGGAGGCUCGCGAGCCCUUGGCUGGUCCCCGCAGAGGCUGUAACAAAACGCAGACCCCCAGUGCCGGGCUAAUGGAGGCAACUUAGCCAGGAGCAGGCGCGGCUCCUAGUUUAUCAGCGCGCGGCGCUGCCUGCUCCCCCGCCCAGGGCGCUGCGCCCCCCCAGCACCCCGGAGCGCCGCCGGGCCCUGCGCAGGGCGCUGCACCGCCCCCAGGGUUUAUUGGCUGUUCGCGCUGCCCCGAUGAUGUUACCGAGCCCCGUCACCUCCACCCCCUUCUCUGUCAAAGACAUCCUCAACCUGGAGCAGCAGGAACCGCACUAUGGAGUCCAGCUGCAGCAGCACCUGGAGCAGCACUUCCACUCGGCAGCCUGCCUGCUGGCUGCUGGGGACGGCUCCCGCUUCUCCGACGGGGAGGAAGAGGAGGAGGAGGAGAAGCUGUCCUAUCUGAGCUCCAUGGCCGCGGCGGAGAGCCAAGGGGACGUGGGGCUCUCCCCGGAAAACUAUGUGCACGCGGUGCUGCGGGACUCCUGUGAGCCCAAUGGCCCGGGAGAAGAGCUGGAUCGGGACCCCAAGCGCUGCGGCCUGAAGCAGCCGCCGAGCUCCGCGGAGAAGCCGGAGGAGGCGGAGAGGCCGAAGCCCCGGAGCCGCAGGAAGCCGCGCGUUCUCUUCUCCCAGGCGCAGGUCUUCGAGCUGGAGCGGCGCUUCAAGCAGCAGCGCUACCUGUCGGCGCCGGAGCGAGAGCACCUGGCCAGCAGCCUCAAGCUCACCUCCACGCAGGUGAAGAUCUGGUUCCAGAACCGGCGCUACAAGUGCAAGCGGCAGCGGCAGGACAAGUCGCUGGAGCUGGGCCCCGCGCCGCCGCCGCCUCGCCGGGUGGCCGUGCCGGUGCUGGUGCGGGAUGGCAAGCCGUGCCUCGGGGGCUCGCCGGGCUACGGCUCGCCCUACAACGCGCCCUACUCCUACAACGGCUUCCCGGCCUACGGCUACGGCAACUCGGCCGCCUACAACGCCAGCUACGCCUGCAGCUACCCCGGGGGCGGCGCGGGCGGGCAGCCCGCCUGCAGCCCGGGCGCGGGCGCGGGGCCUUUCGUGAACAUGGGCAACCUGGGCGCGUUCGGCGGCGCGGCCCAGCCCCUGCACCAAGGGCCCGCGGGGCCCUCCUGCAGCCAGGGCGCUCUGCAGGGGAUCCGGGCCUGGUAGCCGCGCGGGGCGGCGGACACUCUGGGCCAGGAGGGAGCCUGGUGGCCCCGGGGAAGGACAGGAAACCUCGCCGCCCCCGGCUGGUGACCGAAGGCUGCUCGCUAGAGGCAGACUGGAACCCAGCGCAGCUCUCCCCGCCGCUUCGCCCAGGGCAGGAGCUGCACGCACCGGCCAGCGCGAUGGCCCAGCCUCCUCCCAAGCUGGGCAACUGAGGGUCGCUGCGCUCGCCGGAGCACCAGUCCCGACCCCUCCGUGCCCCUGGCGGGGGAGGGGGACCGGCGCAGCAGCUGUUGGGGCCGCAGGGCAGAAGGGGGCUCGGCCCAAAGCCUGUCCGAUCCCCCACGGCGGCCGGGGAUGGGAACGCGUCCCUCGGCUCUGGGUGGCUCGGCUGCCGGGCUGGGCAUGGAGCUGGAAUCCCCGCACCGUCCAAGCAGCUUCGCUUGUAAAAAGCCAAAGUGUCGGGGUCUUGGGGAGGCAGCCGCGCGGAGAGCCGGGCCCCUGUAUCUACUCUGUAUCCGCUGUAAGUGCCAGCCCGCGCAGGAGCGAGAGAGUUAAUAAAACAGGUGCAAUAGC